CCCUCACUUGCUGUGGGUAGAAUUUUGCAAGAUUGCAGAGUAAGACCUGUCAGCUGACACUGGCUCACAUGAGAGCCAUUAAGAGGGUGGUGUGGCCAAUGUCAGAACAACCUUGCAGCUGAAGGCAAGUCACUGCAUUGCCCAGAGCCAUAUGAACAGGUCUUGUGACCAAUUAAUUGACUACUACAUAAUCUCCAGCUAGGGUGCACAGAUGGAGUGAGUCAGUCCAAGCUGCUCAACCUGUUAAAUGUCUUUUCUUUGCUAACUGGAGUAUAAGCUUAGGAACAAAAGUAGGACUUGUCUAUGUUUGUAAUGGGAUUGCAGACAGCGUGUUUUGUAAUGUGAUAGAUGGAUCUGACUUCCUAAAUUAUCGGCAGGCUUAAUUUACGUAACAAAUGAAUGUUCCACCUUUUUUUUUUUUUUUAAACCUUUGAAAGGGGAAAUUAGUACACUGCUGUCAAGUAGCUUUUCUCACAUACUGUAUAGGGAGUGAAAUGAUUGUUUAGAACUGCUGGUCAUUACAGAAUAUUCCUCACAUAACAAAGGAACUUCAGGAUUUGUCUCCAAGUCCAUGUUUAUGGUCAGGAUAAACCGGAAGAACAUUAAACCGUUCAGGAGAUGUGCGGCGGCACAGCGAACACCACAAACCAGCCAGAGAGCUGGCAAGACUCUGCCAGAUGUGUGAGUGAUGCUGUUCCUGGUGCUGGGAGGAUUUACAGGGCGCUUUUAUGCACAAAGAUUAAAAAACACACCGGAGUAGACAGGAGCACUGACCACACGGAACUCGACAACAGUUGGUCAUGUUCGGAGUUUGACCUGAAUGAGAUUCGCCUGAUAGUUUACCAGGACUGUGACAGGAGAGGCAGACAAGUCUUGUUUGACUCUAAAGCUGUUCAAAAGAUUGAGGAGGUGACAGCUCAGAAAACAGAGGAUGUUCCUAUUAAAAUAUCAGCCAAGUGCUGCCAGGGAAGCAGCAGUGUCAGCAGCAGUAGCAGCAGCAGCAUCUCUUCCCACAGUUCUUCUGGGGGAUCUUCACAUCAUGCUAAGGAACAGCUUCCAAAGUACCAGUACACAAGACCAGCUUCCGAUGUCAACAUGUUAGGGGAGAUGAUGUUUGGCUCAGUUGCCAUGAGUUACAAAGGCUCCACCUUAAAGAUUCACUACAUACGUUCUCCUCCACAAUUGAUGAUUAGUAAAGUCUUCUCUGCUAGAAUGGGCAGCUUCUGUGGAAGUACAAAUAACUUGCAAGACAGCUUUGAGUACAUCAACCAAGAUCCUAAUUUGGGAAAACUGAACACAAAUCAGAAUAGUUUGGGUCCUUGUCGUACUGGAAGUAACCUAGGUCUGCUGCAAGCAUGCAGCAGCAAACUGCUGCAGGGGGUAGCUGAAGGAGGACCUCUCCGGCUCACCCGGAGUGCUUCUUUCUUUGCAGCACACAGCACACCAGUUGAUAUGCCAAGCAGGGGACAGAAUGAAGACAGGGACAGUGGCAUUGCUCGAUCAGCCUCACUAAGCAGUCUUUUGAUCACACCUUUCCCAUCUCCAAGCUCCUCUACAUCUUCUUCCAGCAGUUACCAGCGCCGCUGGCUUCGAAGUCAGACAACAAGUUUGGAAAAUGGCAUCAUCCCAAGAAGGUCAACUGAUGAGACAUUCAGCUUGGCUGAAGAAACCUGUAGCUCUAAUCCAGCUAUGGUUAGGAGAAAGAAAAUUGCCAUAAGCAUCAUCUUUUCCCUAUGUGAGAAAGAAGAAGCACAAAGGAAUUUCCAGGACUUCUUCUUUUCUCAUUUUCCCCUGUUUGAAUCUCACAUGAACAGGCUGAAGAGUGCAAUUGAAAAGGCUAUGAUCUCCUGUAGGAAAAUAGCAGAAUCAAGUCUCCGAGUCCAGUUUUAUGUCAGCCGUUUGAUGGAAGCUCUUGGAGAAUUCAGAGGAACUAUCUGGAACUUAUAUUCUGUUCCAAGGAUAGCUGAACCUGUAUGGCUUACUAUGAUGUCCGGCACUUUGGAAAAAAACCAGCUCUGCCAGCGCUUUCUCAAGGAGUUUACACUUCUGAUAGAACAGAUAAAUAAAAACCAGUUUUUUGCUGCCUUACUGACUGCGGUGUUAACCUACCACCUGGCCUGGGUCCCAACUGUCAUGCCUGUGGAUCACCCUCCCAUCAAAGCCUUCUCAGAGAAACGUACCUCCCAGUCAGUGAACAUGCUGGCCAAAACACAUCCAUAUAAUCCUCUUUGGGCACAGCUGGGUGAUCUUUACGGAGCCAUAGGCUCUCCAGUGAGACUGACUCGCACCGUAGUGGUAGGGAAGCAGAAGGACUUAGUCCAGCGAAUACUUUAUGUCCUGACCUACUUUCUCCGUUGCUCUGAGCUACAAGAGAACCAGCUGACCUGGAGUGGCAAUCAUGGUGAAGGUGACCAAGUUUUAAAUGGGAGCAAGAUCAUAACAGCCUUGGAGAAAGGAGAGGUGGAGGAGUCUGAGUAUGUGGUCAUUACGGUGAGGAACGAGCCCGCUCUUGUACCCCCCAUCCUACCACCAACAGCAGCAGAGAGACACAACCCCUGGUCGGCAGGGUUUCCUGAGAGCCCAGAGGGCACUGACAGUAGAGACCUGGGUCUUAAACCUGACAAAGAAGCUAACAGGAGGCCAGAGCAGGGUUCUGAGGCUUGCAGCGCAGGGUGCCAGGGGCCAGCAUCAGACGCUUCCUGGAAACCUCAGAAUGCAUUUUGUGGGGAUGAGAAAAAUAAAGAGGCACCGCAAGACGGCUCUUCAAGACUUCCCAGCUGUGAAGUUUUGGGGGCAGGAAUGAAGAUGGACCAGCAAGCUGUCUGUGAGCUGUUGAAAGUGGAGAUGCCUACAAGACUGCCAGACCAGUCAGUGGCCUGGCCUUGCCCUGACAGACAUCUCCGGGAGAAACCUUCCUUAGAAAAGGUCACUUUCCAGAUUGGAAGCUUUGCAUCUCCAGAGUCUGACUUUGAAAGCCGCAUGAAAAAAAUGGAGGAACGGGUGAAGGCCUGUGGCCCCUCCUUGGAGGCCAGGGAGGCUGCUGAUGUGGCUCAGGACCCGCAGGUUUCUAGGAGCCCUUUCAAACCUGACUUUCAGGAGAAUGUUUGCUGUCCUCAGAAUCGGCCUUCAGAGGGGGAUGAAGGCGAGUCUGACAAGGGUUUUGCAGAGGACAGAGGCAGCAGAAACGACACGGCAGCAGAUACUGCUGGGCAGCUCAGCCACGCUGCUGACUUGGGCACAGCCUCCCACGGUGCAGCAGGAACGGGAGGGAGGAGGCUGGAGGCCGCUAGAGGUUUGUAUGUGAAGGCUGUGGAAGGACCUGUGCUGGAGCCUGUUGCCCCCAGGUGUGUCCAGCGGGGCCCUGGCCUCGUGGCUGGUGCGAAUAUCCCCUGUGGGGAUGACAACAAGAAGGCCAGCUUCAGGACUGAAGGAGACAUUCCCCGAAAUGAAAGCUCAGAUAGCGCCCUGGGAGACAGUGACGACGAAGCCUGCGCUUCAGCCAUGCUAGAUCUGGGUCACGGUGGUGACAGGACUGGAGGGUCCUUGGAAGUGGAGCUGCCUCUGCCAAGGUCUCAGAGCAUCAGCACCCAGAAUGUAAGGAACUUUGGCCGCUCACUUCUGGCAGGCUACUGCCCCACAUACAUGCCUGAUCUUGUGCUUCAUGGGACUGGCAGUGAUGAGAAGCUGAAGCAGUGCCUGGUGGCCGACCUUGUCCACACAGUCCAUUAAAACUGCUGUCAGGAAUGUCUACUCAACAUGGGAUCUAAUUAAACUAAAGAGCUUCUGCACGGCAAAAUAAAUUACCAUCAGAGUGAACAGGCAACCUACAGAAUGGGAGAAAAUUUUCACAACCUACCCAUCUGACAAAGGGCUAAUAUCCAGAAUCUACAAAGAACUUAAACAAAUUGACAAGAAAAAAGCUAACAACCCCAUCAAAAAGUGGGCAAAGGAUAUGAACAGACACUUCACAAAAGAAGACAUUUAUGCAGCCAACAGACACAUGAAAAAAAGCUCAUCAUCACUGGCCAUCAGAGAAAUGCAAAUCAAAACUACAGUGAGAUACCAUCUCACACCAGUUAGAAUGGCAAUCAUUAAAAAGUCAGGAAACAACAGGUGCUGGAGAGGAUGUGGAGAAAUAGGAACACUUUUACACUGUUGAUGGGACUGUAAACUAGUUCAACCAUUGUGGAAGACAGUGUGGCGAUUCCUCAAGGAUCUAGAACUAGAAAUACCAUUUGACCCAGCCAUCGCAUUACUGGGCAUAUACCCAAAGGAUUAUAAAUCAUGCUGCUAUAAAGACACAUGCACACAUAUGUUUAUUGUGGCACUAUUCACAAUAGCAAAGACUUGGAACCAACCCAAAUGCCCAUCAGUAAUAGACUGGAUUAAGAAAAUGUGGCACAUAUACACUAUGGAAUACAAUACAGCCAUAAAAAAUGAUGAGUUCAUGUCUUUUGUAGGGACAUGGAUGAAGCUGGAAACCAUCAUUCUCAGCAAACUAUCGCAAGGACAGAAAACCAAACACUGCAUGCUCACUCAUAGGUGGGAAUUGAACAAUGAGAACACAUGGACACAGGAGGGGAAGCAUCACACACCGGGACCUGUGGUGGAGUGGGGGGAGUGGGGAGGGAUAGCAUUAGGAGAUAUACCUAAUGUAAAUGACGAGUUAAUGGGUGCAGCACACCAACAUGGCACAUGUAUACAUAUGUAACAAACCUGCACAUUGUGCACAUGUACCCUAGAACUUAAAGUAUAAUAAUAAUUAAAAAAAUUCUAGCUGACUUUAUAUAUUGGAGGAGAUGGUUUAAGAAUAAUGAGUGAUAACCAGAUUUCUUUUCUCUGGAUGGAUUUGAGACUGAAGGGGUUUUUUGGUUUGUUUUUAUUUUUUUUAAAACUGGUCUACAAUUCACACACCUCUGCAGUCCUUUUAGUGGCUCUCAGUCAUCCUAGUGGGGUGUGUUGGCCAAGGACGAUCUUGUAUGGUCUGAAUCUUCAGUUCCAAGGCUAUGGAGGAUGCAGUUAUAUAGGUGGGUCUUCUCCUCUGAGGAGGCAGAGGAAUACCAAAGGGGAUCUGAGGACCUUUAAGAGUAAUGCUGAGAAGGUGACUGUCAUCACAUUCAUCAUGGGCUCUUUGCAUGACUGACUAAAGGCCUUUCUUACAGCUACAUAAAAGCUAAUAUUAAGUCAUGGUGCUGUAACAUAAAGAGAAUUAUUGUGGAAAGGUAUUUUGUCAUGUAGCAUCCUCUUAUUUAAGUACAGUUUAAUAAAUGUAUAAAACUUACCAGAAUUAUAUAAAAUGAAUAACAAAUGGGAGUUCAAAUGAAGCCAAAGACUCUCCCUCUCCCUCUCCCUCUCCCUCUCUGUCUCCCUCCACGGUCUCCCUCUCCCUCUGUUUCCACGGUCUCCCUCUCCCUCUGUUUCCACGGUCUCCCUCUCCCUCUGUUUCCACGGUCUCCCUCUCCCUCUCUUUCCACGGUCUCCCUCUGAUGCCGAGCCGAAGCUGGACUGUACUGCUGCCAUCUCCACUCACUGCAAGCUCCCUGCCUGAUUCUCCUGCCUUAGCCUGCCAAGUGCCUGCGAUUGCAGGCACGCGCCGCCACGCCUGACUGGUUUUUGUAUUUUUUUGGUGGAGACGGGGUUUCACUGUGUUGGCCGGGCUGGUCUCCAGCUCCUAACCGCGAGUGAUCUGCCAGCCUCGGCCUCCCGAGGUGCCGGGAUUGCAGACGGAGUCUCGUUCACUCAGUGCUCAAUGUUGCCCAGGCUGGAGGGCAGUGGCGUGAUCUCGGCUCGCUACAACCUCCACCUCCCCCCAGCCGCCUGCCUUGGCCUCCCAAAGUGCCGAGAUUGCAGCGUCUGCCUGGCUGCCACCCCUUCUGGGAAGUGAGGAGCACCUCUGCCCGGCCACGACCCCGUCUGGGAGGUGAGGAGCGUCUCUGCCCGGCCGCCCCGUCUGAGAAGUGAGGAGCCCCUCCGCCCAGCAGCCGCCCCGUCUGAGAAGUGAGGAGCCCCGCUGCCCAGCAGCCGCCCCGUCUGAGAAGUGAGGAGCCCCUCCGCCCGGCAGCCGCCCCGUCUGGGAAGUGAGGAGCGUCUCCGCCCGGCAGCCGCCCCAUCCGGGAGGGAGGUGGGGGGCAGCCCCUGCCCGGCCAGCUGCCCCGUCCGGGAGGGAGGUGGGGGGCGCCUCCGCCCGGCCGCCACCCCGUCCGGGAGGUGGGGGCACCUCUGCCUGGCCGCCCCUUCUGGGGAGUGAGGAGCCCCUCUGCCCGGCGGCCACCCCAUCUGGGGGGUGUACCCAACAGCUCAUUGAGAACGUGCCAUGAUGAUGAUUGCGGUUUUGUCGAAUAGAAAAGGGGGAAAUGCGGAGAAAAGAUAGAGAAAUCAGAUUGUUGCUGUGGCUGUGUAGAAAGAAGUAGACAUAGGAGACUCCAUUUUGUUCUGUACUAAGAAAAAUUCCUCUGCCUUGGGAUGCUGUUGAUCUAUGACCUUACCCCCAACCCGGUGCUCUCUGAAACAUGUGCUGUGUCCACUCAGGGUUAAAUGGAUUAAGGGCGGUGCAAGAUGUGCUUUGUUAAACAGAUGCUUGAAGGCAGUGUGCUCUGACUCACCACUCCCUAAUCUCAAGUACCCAGGGACACAAACACUGCGGAAGGCCGCAGGGUCCUCUGUCUAGGAAAACCAGAGACCUUUGUUCACUUGUUUGUCUGCUGACCUUCCCUCCACUAUAGUCCUAUGACCCUGCCAAAUCCCCCUCUGCGAGAAACACCCAAGAAUGAUCAAUUAAAAAAAAAAGAAAAAGAAAAAUUUAUAUAUUACUCGUUUAUUAAUAAAUCAGAAACUACAAGAAGCUAUCACCCAAAAAAAUAAAUAAAUCAAUCAAUAAAAUCAAUAAAAUCAAGCUAACAUUAAAAAAAAAGCAAAUGAAGCCAAAGAAUCAUGUGUUUUAUUAUCCAGAAUAUCUCAGAGAAAAACAUAGAGAGAAGUGCUUCCGAUUACCUGAAUCAUAAGUUGCCUGUUCCCUUUGUGUGUGUGUGGUUUUUUUUUUUUUUUUUUUUUUUUGAGACGGAGUCUGGCUCUGUCGUCCAGGCUGGAGUGCAAUGGCGCAGUCUCGGCUCACUGCAAGCUCCGCCUCCUGGGUUCACGCCAUUCUCCUGCCUCAGCCUCCCGAGUAGCUGGGACUACAGGCGCCUGCCACUAUGCCCGGCUAAUUUUUUGUAUUUUUAGUAGAGACGGGGUUUCACCGUGUUAGCCAGGAUGGUCUCGAUCUCCUGACCUUGUGAUCCGCCCGCCUCGGCCUCCCAAAAGGCUGGGAUUACAGGCGUGAGCCACCGCGCCCAGCCUCCCUUUGUGUUUUAAAGAGGCUUCCCAGUGGCUUAUCCCUGAUAGUUAAACCCACACUGUUAUAACUAUUGUGCAGAUUUUAGAUCUGGUUAUGAAUACAGAAGUCUUCACACUCCUGCUGUCUGUAAUACACAUGUGGGCUGAGACAUCUCUGAAGAUUGAUAAAGGGUCAGUGUCAAGCAGCAUAAAGAUGGGGAACUUGUAGCAACAUGCAUGAUAGAAGUGGCUGUGUUUUCUCCUAAUGACAAUAAAUUCAGACCAUCAUUCACACUUCUUGCACUCUUGUCUUCUAAGGGAUUUCCUUGGAUUUUAUAGUAGAGGGCUUGGGAGACUCAUAGGGCUAAAAGUCGGAAACACUUGUGAGUUCCUAGACUUUAUUUCUUACAUGCCAAGAUACUUAAUAAGCUCUUUUUUUUUUUUUUUUUUUUUUGUCCUGAGUGUUCCUAUCUGUAGAGCAGUACUGUGUUCCUGCCCCCCUUCAGGAGAAAUGGCAUGAUGAAUUAAUAAGUAGUUAUGGGAAGCAUAUAUGCAAGAACGGCAUUUCCUCACUCUUCAUUGGGUUAAAAAUAGAUAAUCACGUGAAAUACUAGUCAUUUAAAUGUGGUACAUAGAAAAGAAAUAUAUUAAUUAUGGUGCAUUGGAGGUAUAAUAUUGCCAGAAAAUAAGAAAUGCACAGAUGACUUAAUAGGAACUGGGUUGCAUCCAAAAAUAAACUGUUCACCACAGCUAGAAUGUAUUAGAUAUUUUGCACAUGCCCAGCACUGUGUUAUGUUCCUUUCAAAGGCUACAGAAGAAACAGAAAUGUGAUUUAUCUCCUUGAGUUACUUAUAAAAUCACUGAGUAGACAAACAUGUGAAAUCAAGAACAAGUUAAGACAGUGUGUGAUGAAGUGCCAAAAUGAAUGGUGUGGACAGCAAGUGUUCUCAGAGGUCAAAGGAAGAGCAGUGCAGUGCAUGUGGGAAGGUUUCCAGGGAGAGGGAUGGACUCACGCCAGGUCCUUGAGGGAUUGUGGACUUGAGAUGGGGUGGCAGGGAAGGCAUUCUGGGCACAACCUGAGGUAAGAGCAGGAAUCUUUUUGGCCUGGAGAAGGAGGCGGUACUAGUCCCACUUUCACACAACUAUAAAGUACUGCCCCAGACUGGGUAAUUUAUAAAGGAAAGAGGUUUAAUUGACUCACAGUUCUGCAGGGCUGGGGAGGCCUCAGGAAACUUACAAUCAUGGCGGAAGGUGAAGGAGAAGCAAGUACCUUCUUCACAAGGCAACAGGAGAGAGAGCAAGUGUAUGCGAGGAAGUACCACACUUUAAAACCAUCAGCUCUCGGCCAGCCGCAGAGGCUCAUGUCUGUAAUCCCAGCACUUUGGGAGGCCGAGGGCAGGCGGAUCACUUGAGGCCAGGAGUUUGCUACCAGCCUGGCCAACAUGGCAAAACCCUACCGCUGCUAAAAAAAAAAAAAAAAAAAAAAAAUUCAAAAAUUAGCUGGGCAUGGUGGUAUGUGCCUGUAGUCCCAGCUACUCUGGAGGCUGAGGCACGAGAAUCACUUGAGCCUGGGAAGCAGAGGUUGCAGUGAGCUGAGAUUGUGCCACUGCACUCCAGCCUGGGCAACAGAGUGAGAUUCUGUCUCAAAAAAAAUAAAAAAAUCAGCUCUCGUGAGAACUCACUCUCACGAGAAUAGCAUGGGGGAAAUUACCCCAUGAUCCAAACUCCUCCUACCUGUCCCCUUCCUCGACAUGGGAUUAUAAUUGGAGAUGAGAUUUGGGUGGGGACACAGAGCCAAACCGUAUCAGGGGUCUUAUUGGGAACUGAAUAUGUACAGGUUGGGUGGGCCCAGGCUGUGAAGAGCUGUAAGUGUGGAAGAAGAACAGUUUUAACUUAAUGGUUUGGGUGAUGUGUGCUAGCGUAGAUUUUAGAGUUGGUGAGGGAAAUGAUCAUGUGGUAUUUUAAGAAGUUUGAGGUUUUAGGUAAAGUGCAUAAACUAGGGCAGUGUUGUCCACAGUUGCACUAUUUGUGAGCUCUUGAGUCUGAGGUUUCAGGGGACAUGCUCAAUACAGAGAGAGGGUGGUUCAGGACAGCAGGACGAACAUUUGAGCACCUAAUAUGUUGGGUUCUAUGCUACACAUUUCAACACAUUUUUCUCACAGAAAACUUGUGCUUUAAAUGGCAUUUAAGCCUCACAGAAGCUCUGAACUAAGUACUAUCCCAUUUUACAGACAUAGCAACUGAGGCCCAGAUUGAGUUGCUGAGGUUCCACAGCUGGUAAGUGACAGUGGUUGUAUUCAAGCCCAAUCUGACUUCAGAGCCCUUGCUGUCAUCUUAUUGUUGCCGUUUGUUGAAUUAUCAGAACCACAGCUCUUGCGAUUCUCUAAACCUUGUAGACAAUUUCUUGUUCGUGGAAGUUUAAGUUAAGCAGAAGUCAUGUGUAUAUGAAUCAAGGCAGCAUAUUUUGUGUGUGCAGCAAUCUGACCUAAAACCUUGAAAUUGGAAUGUCCUAGGCAUUUAACGCUCCCAGGAAAUGGACCCAUCCUUAGAGGCUACAAAUUAACCAGGCUGAUCCUGUUGAUUCAACAAGCUGUAAUAGCAAAGAAAACUCAAUAAUCUUCUAAAGAUUUAUAAAACAAGGCAUUUCAUUUGUUACUCUAUCUUGAAAAAUCUUCACAGGAAAGUAGUUUGGGUAAACAAGAUAUUGACAAGGUAGAAAUGAAUAAAUGAUUGUUUCUAACUUCUCAUAUGAGUGCAGCAAGGGGAAAAUGAUAAUGGCGUAUGGCCUCUACCUCCUUUCUUUCUGGAGACUGGCUGUCCACCCUAACAAUCGUCUGCAGCUCCUUACUCACCUCCCAUGUUCUUCUAUCCGCAAGUCCCUGUCAGAAGUUUCUGAGUUACCCAAUUAAGUUUCUGUGGGAGGCAUGUAACCUGCUGUUAGUGGUCUGGAGAGGGUGGCAGGAAGGUGCCAGGCUGGCAGCUCUGCAUUGACACCCUGGCUGCCGUUGGACACUCAGUGUGGUGUGGGCACUCAGGAGGGUGGCGAUAGGGCAGUGCUUUUCUCAGCUGAUGGAGGAAGUACAAACAUAUCGCAGAUCCAUUCUGAUAGGAGAAUUUGAUAAAUUAUUUGGACAGGAAACUUAUUUCAAAAUUGAUUCUCCUUAGCUUGAGAGAAAGGAGGGUAAUUGAUGUAUGUCAGCAUCCAUAAGGUUUGUAAAGUUUCUCAAACAGGCAUUUUAAGUGGAAUGACUAUAUUUAAUAUAAGUAUUUCUCUCAGAUUUUCAUUUGGAACUCUGAAAUGAGGACCUGAUUAAUCUGAGACAAUAAUGGUUUGCAGGAGAACUUUUAAAAAAGGUAACUAUACAAUGUAGGCUUUUUGGUUUGUUUUUCUAGAGAUAUUUAGUCAAGGUAACAAAACUCUUUGGGAAAAAAGAUGUUAGCAUUAAGAAGAGAAAUUUUGCCAAGUAAUCUUACUAAACUGACAGGUAUCCAUAUCAUAUCUCCCUUUUCCUUAAGGUGUAUGGGAGGCCAAAGUGAGGCUCACCAUGGUUCAGUUGUCAGCUUUGGGGUACAGGCAUGCCCCACCUUCCUAUUCCUUUUCUUUAGUUCCCAUGCCCAAACUCCAAGUCCUAAGAAGAGCAGAUAGUGGAUUAGGCUUUUCAUAGGUGUUUAAAUCAGUCAAUCUUAGGUUCGUAUUUUUUAGAAUACUUAAUUUCUUAGAAGUACUGCUACAUGUAUGUUACUGCAAAUAAGUGUAUGUAUGAAACCUGCUAUGCAUGUGAACUUGAUAAAAUUGUGAACUUAAAAAACUUACUUGACAGAUUUCACUAUUUACUAACUUCUACUAUUAAGGUAUGGCUAGUAAGAAAUAGUAUUAUAAAGAAGCAUACAUAUAAUUCAGGGUUUGUUUAUUGUGGUUCUAUAGAUGCCUAAAAAAUAGUCUUCCCAGCCAGGCACGGUGGCUCACGCCUGUAAUCCCAGCACUUUGGGAGGCCGAGGUGGGUGGAUCACUUGAGGUCAAGAGUUCGAGACCAGCUUGGCCCACAUGGUGAAACCCCGUCUCUACUAAAGAUACAAAAAAUUAGCUGGGUGUGGUGGUGGGCGCCUGUAAUCCCAGCUACCCGGGAGGAUGAGGCAGGAGAAUUGCUUGAGCUCGGGAGGCGGAGGUUGUACAGAGCCGAGAAUGCAUUACUGCACUCCAGCCUGGGUGACAAAGUGAGACUCUGUCUCAAAAAAAAAAAAAAAAAAAAAAAAAACCAAGAGGAAUGUUAAAUUGAAUUCCAGGGCAUAAGGUGUGUGCAGGUAUGUAUUUCUGUGACAAAUCCAAACAUAGUUUUCUAGAUCUUAGAGUUCUUUAAAUUCUGAAAACUUAGAGAUUGACUGAUAAGCCAGAUCAUAAUAUGUUUACACUGCCCCGUCUCUAAUGGGGUUGAGUUUCCUUUGGAAAGAUGAUCAGAAAUCUCCAGUCACCAGAACUUCAGCUUCAACUCUCUGACCCUGUGCAAGUUCAGGCCUGAUCAGGGAUGGCCAGCAGUGGCCCCGGUGGCCCUUGAAUUGUAACUGAAAGUAGUUGAUGAUAUUUUUAUCUCUUUCCAGCAUUCAUUUCUUUUUCUUGAAUAUUUAGACUUCCCUCUAGUUUGUUCUUCCUUUAAAAGGUGUUUAUUCUUUAGUAAAUAAGUAAGUAGCUACUAAGUGAUAUAGUUAGAUGGAAGCAAUUGGAUUGAUUCAGGGAAUUGUGUGUUAUGUAUUUAGUAGCCUGAGAAUAUGUAAUUCUUGGAGUUUUUUCUCUUUUGAAAAGGUUCUGCUGGUUCUUUUCUGUUCCUGGGGCCUGCAUGCAUAAAAGUCAGUGAUCCAUGCUGUAAGGAACACGAGAUGCUCAUCGACUCUUGUCAUUUGCUUGUGCUUAAUCUGUCUCAUUUUCAUUCAGCAAGUAACAUUUUUCAAAUGCCAGCUCCUGUGCUAGAGGCUAAGGAUGCAGAGAGAAGAUUCAGCCCCACUUUCAAGGAAUGGACUCCUGCAAAUUCCUGUCAGUUUGUCUCAGUCUGUGUACUCAUUGUUCUUUCGUCUUUACUCAGGUCUCUACCUCAGAUUCUGCCUCUUUGCUCCAGUGAUUUAAAAAUGACUUGUGAGCCUAUAAUCCCAACAUUUUCAGAGGUCAAGGCAGGCAGAUCACUUGAGGCCAGGAGUUAGAGACAAGCCUGGCCAACACAGCAAAACCCUGUCUCUACUAAAAGUACAAAAAUUAGCUGGGUGUGAUGGUGCACACCUGUAUUCCAGCUACCCAGGAGACAUGAGAAUCGCUUGAACGCAGGAGCCGCGUGUUGCAGUGAGCCGAGAUUGCACCACUUCACUCCUGGGCAACAGAACAAGACUGUCUCAAAAAAAAAAAGAAAGAAAGAAAGAAACUUUGGAGGCCAAAUGUAGUGGCUCACACCUAUAAUCCCAGUUCUUUGGGAGGCAGAGGUAGGAGGAGCACUUGGGUCCAGGAGUUUGAGACCAGCCUGGGCAACAUAGCAAGACCCCAUCUCUACAAAAACAUUUUUUUUUAAUUAGCCAGGUGUGGUGGCACAUGUCUGUAGUCCAGCUACUUGGGAGGCUGAGGCAGGAGGAUCACUUGAGCUCGGGAGCUUGAGGUUACUAUGAACUGUGAUCAGACUUCUGCACUCCAGCCUGGGCAAAAGCAAGACCCUGUCUCUAAAAAAUAAAUAAAUACAAAGACUUGUGCUGAUUUUUCGUGUUAGUAUUUUUUAGUUUUACAUUUCUCUUGCAUGCUUACUUUUAAAAUAAUUGAGCCAACCUCUCUGUCCCUUUUUGUUAUUGCAUGUAAAUCUACAGCCUUCUGAUAUAACCUAAGCUUGCAGAAUCUUCCAUCCAUCACCUUCCUAGUAUGCCUCUUGGCCCUUAUUCCAGCAGUUAGUUACUUAAAACAAAGCCCUUUGUGUUGGUAGUGGUACCAUAUAACUUAUAGUCUAUGCACUGUUGGGGUUUGACACACUCUUCCCUUCCCUACCACUGCAGUGGGAAGAUCAUUUAGAAGACUAAGUUCGAUUUGAACCUAGGGCCCAAAUUACCUAUUGCAAAUCAAUCCUCCUCCUCCCCUUGCCCUUUGCAAAAGCUAGAAUUCACCGUGAAAGGUGACAGGCAUACAUUCAACUCAUUGUCUCUAUGUUGACAUAUGGUCAGUAUGAGAGAAAGGUCUCUAAUAUAGAUCUGUCCCGUGGCAUGACCAGCAUGUUGUGGAUUUCUGACAAAUGCAAAGCAGUGAAGGAGUUUGAGCUCAAAAUACAAAUAUUUUAAGUGUUCAAAUUUCCUUUUUUUUUUUUUUUUUCCAUAAGGACCAGACUCAUUGAUGGCAAGUCGUCAUCAUCUUGCUGUAAAUUUAUAACACACGAUGAACCAGACCUUGGAGGAACUUGUAAAGAGAAGUCACUGAAGCCUUGUAUCUUUAGUUGUCCGUUUUGGACAGUGUAUAUAUGCAUGUGUAAGAAGCGUAGGGGUGAAAGGGUCCUGAAAACCUUUGGUUGAAAAUGGUGAUGGGGUCAUUAUGUGUGUAAGAAAAUCUUUGUACUUUUCAGUUAACAAUUCUACAAAAUGAGAACUGUCUUGGGAAACUGGGCUUUAUGAGUUCAAAAAUAUACUUUAUCAAAUUCUUUAUCUCUCAUGUUUAAAAUUAUUUGAACAGACAAAUGUUGAACAUCAGACUUUGUCUGAUUGCUGUUCCUUUCAAUGGGAAAAAUAUAAAUCCUGAUAAUAGGGUUUGUAUCUUUUUAAACCCUUAUAUUUUUAUAAACCCUGAUAAUAGGGAAAAAUAUAAACCCUAUUACCAGGGUUUUUCCUACUAUUUUUCCUACUAUUCCCCCUUGGAUAAUAGUAGGAAAAAAUGUUGGUCCGCACGAAGUUUUCAUUCAUCUCACCACUCUCUUUCCCAUUUGUGAGAAGGAAUACAAAGCUGCACAGGCUCCUCUUUUAGUAACAGAGUCCAAGACUAGGGAGUCAGAUCACCUGUUAAAAUUACAGUAUUGCAUCAUGCAUCUUUGAUUUGUAUUUGCAGCCUUCCCACUACUUGGAUUAAGUCGUAAAAAUCACAGGUAACCAUGGUCCAGUGGCAAAGCUGUAUAUCUCUUUGGGUUCUUUGUUGCAAUUAGCAACUCUUGUUAACUUAAACAGGAGGGACUUUAGUGAAGGAAUAUUAGGAAUGUAUAGAAUUGAUGAGAAGGCAAAAGAAUUAGGGUUCAAAUAGGCAACAAGGCAAUUCUGGAGUUCCAGGAACCAUGGACUACUUGAAGGUGUUUGUACUAAGUCCCACCAGGCCUUGUACUAAUUGCUGUCUGGGCAGGAAUAUGGUGCCAACCAUUUUUGGUCUUCUGUGCUGGUACUUACAAGGAAUUCCCAGGGAAGGAGCAUCCAGCUGGCAUAGCUUGGGCCAUACAAACACACCUUGACAGAGGAAGGAUGGACCCGAUUGCAGUCUCACCGGGCCUUGUCUAAGAAAGACCAUUCUUCAAAGGAAAAUUCGGAUGGAUUUAUUGGAGAAAGUUAUUUAAGCAGCCAAAAGAAUCAAGCAGUCACCCCAGGAUAGUAGAAGGGAGUAAGGACGGAAGCAGCCAGUACUAAUUUUCCUUGGUAAAUGAGGGUUAGAAAAAUGUGCAUAUGUGCAUUGGCUUUGAGGCAGGUCUCUCUGUCUCUGGCUUUCUCUAUCCUCCCCCUCCCCCACCCAUCCCUCCCAAGCCGUUACACUUUGAUUUGUUUUGAGAAAUUAGGUCUUUAAAAAAGUCCUUGUGACUGCUUCAAUGUUUACCCUAUUUACCCUAUGGCAUAAUUUACCAGUUGUUAAAUCUGCUCUAUCCAUAACUGCCUGGCUGUCAAGAAUUUUACAUUUAAAUGUAUUUAUCAGUAGUGAAACUUUGACCUUUUGGACUCACCUGGAUAAAUAAACCCAUCCCUUUGU